CCGCAUCACACACACACGCAAUGGCUCAGUUUCAUCACCCUUUGAAGCUCAUUCAUAAAAUCCUAAAAACUCAACCGAAUCUCAAUCCUCAAACCAACUCCAUCAUCUUCGACCUCUUGAUCAAAAACCAAAUCCAAUCACGACGCGCUGAGGUUGCUGUUUUGUACCUCGAACGCAUGCUCUAUCACGACUUGACCCCAAGUUCAAAUACUUUCAACAACCUCCUUCGUCUCCUUUUCAACUCCGGCCAAUCCCACAAUGCCUUCACUCUCUUCGACAAAGUGAAGGGCAGGAUUCCGCUUGAUAGUUAUAGCUUCGGCAUCACCAUUCAUGGUCUCUGUGACGCCGGAGAACUUUGCAAAGCUUCUGAUUUGCUCAAUCAUCUUGAACUCACCGGCAACGUUCCCAACGUCGUCUUGUACACCAUUCUCAUUGAUGGUCAUUGUAAAAGAGGCGACUUGGAAGAGGCUAAGAGUUUGUUUCAUAGAUUAAGCGAGGUUGGUUUAGUUCCCAAUGAGUACACCUACACCGUUCUUAUCAAUGGCUGUUUCAAGAGAGGCUUCAGGAGUGAUGGCUUUCAACUCUAUAAAGACAUGAAAAGCAAUGGAGUCUUCCCAAGUUUGCACACUUUCAACUCUUUGAUCCAUGAGCUAUGUAAAGAUCCUGACUUGGCUCCUGCGUUCAAGCUGUUUGAUGAAAUGCGUCUGAAGGGUGUUGCAUGCAAUGUUGUCACGUACAACACUCUCAUCGGCGGGCUUUGCAGGCAAAAGAAAGUCAAAGAAGCUAUGAGAUUGAUGGAGAAGAUGAGAAGGGAUGGAAUUAGUCCGAGUUUGAUUACUUUCAAUCUAGUUUUGGAUGGGUAUUGCAAAGCAGGGAAGUUACCAAAUGCUCUUAAAGUGUUGGGUCAGUUGAAGUUAAGUGGUUAUUCUCCCAGUCUGGUUACUUAUAAUGUCCUUUUGGCUGGUUUUGCCCGGGCUUGUGAUUUAUCAGGAGCUGUGAAUGUCUACAAGGAAAUGACUGGGAGAGGGUUGGCUCCUAGCAAGAUAACCUUUACUAUUCUCAUUGAUACUUUUGCGAGAGAGAAUGAAAUGGAAAAGGCCUUUGAGAUGUUUAACUCCAUGGAGAGAGCUGGAUUAGAGGCAGAUGCUUAUUCAUAUGGGGUGCUAAUACGUGGGUUGUGCAUGCAAGGUAAUAUGAAGGAUGCAUCGAAGUUGUUUCGAUCAAUGAUCGAGAAAGGUCUGAAGGCAAACCAUGUUAUCUACGACAUGUUAAUCCAUGGCUAUUGCAGGGAAGGCAGCUCAUACAGGGCUCUCAAGGUGUUUAGAGAAAUGAAAGAGAAUGGCAUGGUUCCUAACAUUGCAAGUUAUGGCUUGCUGAUUCGCAUUCUCUGCAUAGAUGGGAAGUUGCAGGAUGGUGAAGCUUUGCUCAGUGAAAUGGUAUUGUCUGGUCUUCAACCAAGUGAUUCUAUUCUCAGAGCAGUGGCUGUUGCCAGGGAGGGACAUUCUUCAUAAGAAUAUCAAACCUGUAAGGAGUAGUAAAAACCAAGUGCACAAUGAUCCUGUAUACAAUUAUGAUAUGCAUUUUCCAAACAUCUAACAGGAAACAAAAUCUUCAUGCCAGGUACAGCAGAAUAAGAAGCUCUAAAUCACAGAGACAGAGACAGAGACAGAGACAGAUACAGAAACACAGAGGGAGAGAGAGAGAGAGAGAGAGAGAGAGAGAGAGAGAAAUAUAGUAGAUGACAUGCUCAGAAUGUUCAAAUA